CUUUCUCUUGUAAAUUCAAACGAUUUUCUUUUCUUUAAACUCAUCGUUACUGAUAGAUCGUAGGUUUGUUCUAUCGAAAACAGUGUUUCAUGUUAAUUCAUCAAUGUUUGCACGGUUUCUUAAUAACAUAAACAGUUCUUGACUCCUAAUAAUCGAAAAAUGUUCAUCCUAUUCGCACUUGCUGUACUGAUUUGCUCGUUUCAAACCUGUUUCUCUGAAAUUGGAUGUCGCGACGAGGACAACAAUCUUGUUGAUUGGUACUACCUGUACAAACUGCCUGCGGCAGCAGCUCCCCUUAAUGGCAAUAACCUACACAAGGAAACAACCGCAGGACUGCACUAUGCAUUCAUUACAUCGAAAGGAACAACUGGUUGGCAAAUAUCCGAGGUGAAUGUCAAUCAAAGUGAAAGCAUUCCUGGAAGAACGCUGAAACCUCUCCUAACCGGUGGCAAUCAACUGCUUCGAAUCUUGUACAACGAUGAACCGCCAAAGGGCGAAACGGAUGGUUUACGAGGUCACACCAAGGGUGUAGUCGCUACCGAUGGAAGCACCGGAUUUUGGUUGAUUCAUUCCGUCCCCAAAUAUCCACCGAUGCUCGGUGAAUCGUAUCAUUAUCCUGACACGGGGAAAAUCUACGGACAGAGUUUCCUUUGCAUAAGCGUUGGGGCAGACCAGAUGGAAACGAUCGGUCAGCAGUUAAUUUUGAAUGAACCGCACGUGUAUUCGUUCGCCAUUCCGGACGAUUUAAAGGAACGGUUCCCAAAGCUUGUCCGAGCUACGGAGAUGAAAGCAAACAAAGAUCCUCCCUUCUGGAGUGCUGCAAAUUUGAAAUCAUCCGAUGGAACAGUGUUUCAUUCCUUCGCCAAGAGUCGCCAGUUCAAGAAGGAGUUGUAUGCGGAUUUCAUAGCUCCCUCGUUGCAGGUGGAUUUACUGGUGGAAACCUGGCAGCAUGGAGCCGGAAAUUUACCGAGUGAUUGUUCCACCUCCAAGUGGAAGGUGAUGAACGUAAAGCAGGUGCAGGUGACCGAGAAAUAUCAAUUCGCGACGCUGAAAGAUCACUCCAAAUGGGCAGUUUCGGUGCCGGGAGAUAAGGACUACGUCUGUAUCGGAGACAUCAAUCGUCAAGAACAUCAGAAGGUUCGGGGAGGCGGAAGUGUCUGCAGCCAGUUGGAUGAGAUAGUCAAUACCUACCGUAUAAUGGUGGAUGACAUUGAAAGUUGCCCGAAAAAGUGAAGUAAUCUAGUUAGGUUGAACUUUGAAGAUCUCAUUUUCAUUUUCAAAUCGAUGUU